CCCCGAGGGACUCUCAUUCCGCCGUCUUGAUGGGGAUAUUGCGGCAAUGGUGAAGGACAAAGCCGAGGAGCGGACGCUCCGGUAUCAGCAAACUUUGAUGUAUGGGCGCUACACCCAGGAGCUGGGUGCCUAUGCCAAGGAGGAGGCAGCCCGCCUACGCGAUGGAGGGGUGCGGGAUGGCAGCGGACUGCGGAGGAACACCAGCGUUAGAAGUCGUGCUGCAGAUCUGCUGGAGUAUGAUAAAGAUCCCUGCACAAAGUGCCAGUCGUGUGCAUCUCGGUGUCAGAAGUUCCUGAUCUCUCGGGUGGGGGAGGACUGGAUCUUCCUCAUUCUGCUGGGUCUUCUCAUGGCUCUGGUCAGCUGGGUCAUGGACUACGCCAUCGCCUUUUGUCAAGAAGCACAGAAGUGGAUGUAUGGCGGACUGGACAGUAACAUGCUUCUCCAGUACAUUGCCUGGGUCACCUACCCAGUGGUACUCAUCACUUUCUCUGCGGGGUUCACACAGAUCCUGGCGCCUCAGGCUGUAGGCUCCGGUAUUCCAGAGAUGAAGACAAUUCUCAGGGGGGUCGUGCUCAAGGAGUAUCUGACGUUUAAGACUUUUGUGGCCAAAGUCAUCGGUCUGACCUGCGCUCUGGGCAGUGGUAUGCCUCUGGGGAAAGAGGGACCCUUCGUUCACGUCGCCAGUCUGUGCGCCGCUCUUCUCAGUAAAUUCAUGGCUGCUCUUUUUGGUGGGAUUUACACGGAAGAGCCUUUUGAGGGAAGCAAGAACGAGCUGAGGAACACGGAGAUGCUGUCGGCGGCCUGUGCGGUGGGCGUGGGCUGCUGUUUUGCUGCUCCCAUUGGAGGUGUGCUGUUCAGUAUUGAGGUCACUUCAACCUUUUUUGCAGUGAGAAACUACUGGCGGGGCUUCUUUGCCGCCACCUUCAGCGCUUUUAUAUUCAGAGUUCUGGCUGUUUGGAACCAGGAAGAAGAGACCAUCACUGCUCUCUUUAAGACACGCUUCCGUCUGGAUUUCCCGUUCGACCUUCAGGAGCUGCCAGCAUUCGCCAUCCUGGGGAUCGCUUGUGGAUUUGGUGGCGCGUUGUUUGUUUACCUGAACCGGUUGAUUGUGGAGUGCAUGAGGAAGCAGAAGACAAUUAACAAGUUCUUGCUGAGGAAACGUCUGGUGUAUCCUGCUCUCGUCACCCUGCUGGUCUGUACACUCACGUUCCCUCCGGGUUUCGGGCAGUUCAUGGCUGGACAGCUGACCCAGCACGAGUCACUGGUCGCACUGUUCGACAACCGCACGUGGUGCCGUCACGGUGUGGCAGAGGAGUUUGACUACAUCAGCCACCACCACGGCUGGAAACACCCCCAGGUCAAUGUCUUCAUCACGCUCAUCCUCUUCAUCAUCAUGAAAUUCUGGAUGUCUGCCGUGGCCACCACCAUGCCGGUUCCAUGUGGAGCCUUCAUGCCAGUGUUUCUGAUUGGUGCAGCAUUUGGCAGACUGGUUGGAGAGAUCAUGGCAUCAAUGUUUCCUGAUGGCAUACAUGCUGACGGCACGGUCUAUCCCAUAGUUCCUGGUGGCUAUGCAGUUGUUGGUGCUGCGGCGCUGUCUGGAGCAGUCACCCACACUGUAUCCACAGCAGUCAUAGUGUUCGAGUUGACUGGUCAGAUCUCCCACAUCUUGCCGGUGAUGAUCGCAGUAAUCCUGGCCAACGCCGUGGCACAGUCACUCCAGCCCUCACUCUACGACUCCAUCAUUCGCAUCAAGAAGCUUCCUUACCUACCGGAGCUGGGGAUGGGACACCAUGAGAAGUAUAAUAUCCGUGUGGAGGACAUUAUGGUGAGGGAUGUGCGCUACAUCACUCUUCACUCUUCCUACCGCGACCUGCAGGAGAUGCUACUGACCGGCCAGCUCAAAACACUGGCCCUGGUCGAAUCCAGAGAGUCCAUGAUCCUGCUGGGCUCCAUCGAGCGCCUGCCGCUGCAGUCUCUUCUCUCUCUGCAGCUGAGCCACCAGCGGAGGCUGGAGUACCUCCGCCAGCUGGCCCAGGACAACGGCACCCAUGAUCAUCUGUCCAGUCUGACCAGUGACAGCACCCCCAGCUCUCCCUGCACCCACACCCACCUCAAUGCCUCAGCUAACGCUGGAGCUCGCCAAGCGGUUCGCUUCUUGAUCUCCACAGAGGAGUCGUCCUCCUUCAGCCCGGUGGUUUCCAACGCUCAGCUUCCUCUCAAAUCUGCUUUGAAAACUGUGUCUGCCAUCAGCGACACAGAGACGCCAAAUAGCUCACAGACCCUCUCCUGUGCAGAUCAAGACAAGGAGCUGCUGGAGCUGGAGAGCCCGGCUGGGCCGGCUCCACCUGACAAAAGAAAGGCCAAGCCUAAACGAGUGAGGAUCUCAAUGGCGGAUGCUACUGAAGUGGAGGACUGCAUGACCCCCUCAGAGAUAGCAGAGUGGGAGGAGCAGCAGCUCGAUGAGCUGGUGGAUUUCAAGAACUGCAAGAUUGAUCCCGCCCCCUUCCAGCUGGUGGAGCAAACGUCUCUGCACAAGACUCACACCAUCUUCUCCCUGCUGGGCCUGGAUCACGCCUACGUCACCAGCAUGGGACGGCUGGUUGGAGUGGUGUCUCUCAAAGAGCUCCGUAAGGCCAUCGAGGGCUCAGUAACAGUGACAGGAGUGAAAGUGCGCCCCCCUCUGGCCAGUUUCCGUGACAGUGGAAACAGCACAAGCAUAUCGGAGGUCACAGAACUGCACAAGCUGUGCAUGCGCCACAGAGGCCUGUCGUUGCCACGGGAGCCCAACCCUCCGGACGGGGCCAACCAGCAGGACCUUCCCUACAAAGACAUCACCAUCAAAUACUCGGACCAAACAAAUUUACAGUUUGAAACCAGCUGCGGCGAUGUCGCAAACCAGUUGUCGGACCUGGUGCUUCAGGAGAGCCCCUCAAUUACUGAGGACCAAUCAGAGUUUACUUUUGACUGCAGUCCCUCCCACACUGAGGUGUCAGAACUGGCCUGUGACUUUGACCCUCCGACCCAAACUCCAGACCUAGAGGAAGCGGAGCCAGAGCAGGGGGAGCCGUCCCCCGAGGACCAGCCUGAAGCUGCAGAGGAGGGCAGCACCGGCCACGAGGAGGAGAAUCACUCAGAAUGACCACAUUCAUAGCGUCUUCUCAUGAACGCAGACGUUUCUUAUAUUUGUAGAGGUCCAGCCUAGGUACUUGUGUUUUUAAGUGUUGUGAUAUGAGAGUGAGUGUGAGCGAAUGCCUGUUUGAAAGGCUGAAAGCUGGUUUUAUUUUGUAUCUUGAUUAUAGUCAACAGAUCCCUUGAAAAACGAAUCAAGACUUUCUGAGUUCUCUAUUUUUCGGAAAUAUUGAUAUUUUACAAAUCAAAGCUUUUUUACAACGUGGUAGGGAGUCUUAUUGCAUAUUUGCAGAAGAGAAGUUGCAUAAAGCUUUAUUUUCUGCACAUAUGCAGUUUGAAAGUAAAGUUUAUAGUGGAAUUUAAAAGAAUAGAGGGCGUGAGGCAGGGGCGUCGAUUGGGUAUGGCAAGGUAUGGCAGCCGCCACACCUUUGCUUCAAGGGUUAAAUGUAAAUGUUUGUUUUUUUAAAUACAUUUAUGGAAUAACUACAAAUGCAAAUAAGAACAACAUGAUCGAUUUCACUAGUUAUUAUACA